UGGACAGGUACAAAGUACAAAAAAAGAGUAUAUGUAAACGCUUUAACAACAUCCAUAUUUUAUCGUUAUCAGUUAUAGAUAAUAGAACGAAUAUUUACAUAAAUAAUUGUUGUCUAUUAUAAAUAGAGUAUUUAACUUACUCCUUCGUCUAAAGUAAAAAAGACUGUGAAAAGAGUGAAAAUCCAGUAAAGUUGAGUUGAUGAAUAAUGAAUCUAAAUAGAAUGAUUUUUUAAUUUCGAAAAUUACUUAUUUUCGGUUCCUGAAUAUUAGCGGUUCCUGAAAAUUUCCAUUACGGUAUUUCAGAAGUUCCAAAAAUUUGCGGAAUCUUGGGUAGAUACACCAUAUUUUAGCGAUCUGAAGGAAAGAAGCGCUUUCUUCUACUUGUUUUGUCGGAUACAUUGAAUUUUCAAGAAAAUAAGCUUCUUUUAGAAUCUAUACAUCGCAAAAGUGGGCCAUCGAUAUUUGUAGAUCGAGGUUAUCGAUACUUGGAACAUCAUUCAGAAUUAUUGAUACGUCUAAUUAGCAAUACCUCGGUUUUCAAUGCCCGCAACACGGAUGUUGGUGUAAACCGAGGCCUCUUAUCUUUGAAACCGAAACUUGUCUUAAAUUUGUGAUAUCAGACAGUUUUUACGCGAUAAAACGGUUAACAUGAUUCUGGUACGAAAGCAAUUCGCCUUGUAUGCUCAAUCUUUCUGCAAAGUUCGUUGGAGUGUUGCCAGCUUGGUGAGAGUCGGGUCAACAAUGUACAAUCCUAUAGUUAUAGUAAAGCAAGGUAAAUUACGAGGUGCUGUAGAGAAAAGUGUUCUUGGCACUUCCUUCAUCGCGUUUCAUGAGAUACCUUUCGCUGCUCCCCCAAUCGGUGAACUCAGAUUUAAGGACCCCCAACCACCAGCGCCAUGGACGGACGUCAAAGAUGUCAGCAAACCUGUCGGGAAACGUUCCCUGCAAUUGCAAGAACUGAACCCGCAAAACGUGAUCGGCACGGAGGACUGUCUUUAUCUUAAUGUUUACACUGCGUCUCUCGACCAGUGUAAACCGGUCAUGUUCUGGAUUCAUGGCGGAGGAUACCUAUCGGGGACAGGAAGCUUCGAGGAGAAGCGGCCCGAUUAUUUAUUAACGAAAGACGUCGUGGUCGUUUCGGUUAAUUAUAGACUGGGCGCUUUCGGUUUCUUAAAUUUGGGUCACAAGGCGGCGCCGGGCAACCAGGGACUAAAAGAUUUGAUUGCUGCUCUGGAGUGGGUCAAGGAAAAUAUUUCCAACUUCGGAGGUGACCCUAACAAUGUCACAGCUUUCGGCGCGAGCGCCGGAGGUGUCCUGACGCAUGCGUUGGCUGUAUCGCCGCGCGCGAAAGGACUGAUCCACAAGGCGAUUAUGCAAAGUGGAUUGCUGUCGUGUCCAUGGAACGCAGGACAAAGUCGACCGGAACGUGGUUUUAAACUUGCUAACGCCCUCGGGACAGAUUCUACCGAUCCUGAAGAAGUUGUUAGAUAUCUUCGCACUGUCGACGCGGCGGAUAUCGUGAACGCUACUAAAAACAUUCUUACGAAAGAGGAAGACAGUAUAUUCUCUCUUCCGUUUUCAUUGAACACUGAUGACGUAGCUGACAACCCUGUCCUACCAUUGCCUAUGGAACAAAUGAUGGAAAAAGAUAUUUGUAUUCCUGUGAUAGUAGGGUACACGUCGCAUGAGUUCAUUAUGUUCCUUAAAGACAAUUCCGACAAGACAAUGAUGCAUUUUAAUAGCAUUCUACCACAGUAUGUGAAACUGUUAGCAAAAUUAAAGAAGCUAGAGCCCGAAAAGAUUGAAAUGUUAUUGGAAACUGUUAGAGAUCGGUAUUUGGAUAAGGAACCGAUCAGUGCACAGAAUUUGGAGAAAUUCUCAGACUUCAUAACUGAUUUAUAUUUUGGAAUACCUGUGAAAAUGUAUUUAGAAGAUCGAGUGAAAAGGACGUCAACGCCUAGUUAUUGUUACGUAUACUCGUAUGUCGGCACUCAGAAAACACACACGGAUAUCUUAGUAAACCGUGUUAUAAAAGGUGCGUCUCACGUCGACGAAUUGGCGUAUCUGUUUUACUUGAAAUCUAUUAAGGUUGACGAUCCGGAGCCACCAGCAAUAGGAACGAAAGAUAGAUUAACGAUAGAACGUUUGACUAGUUUGUGGACCAAUUUUGGCAGAACGGGGAAUCCUACGCCGUGUCUCGAUGAAAAUAUUAAAGUCCUUUGGGAGCCUGCGACGGAGGAUCAAUUCAAGUAUCUUGACAUCGGCGAAGAACUUCAAUUAUUAUGUAUAGAACCACACAUUUUUAACUGCAGUUAAAUAUUUUCAUUCACUGUAAAGUAUUAUGACACAUUAGGGAUUAAAGUGUAACGAUUUCAUUACAUUGUUAAAGUAAUUAAAACGUGUCAAAUUUGAAGCGCGACGUACAAUCUGUUUUAAUGUAUUGCACUUGUACAAUGUCAUUGUACAUAUAAUACUUCGUGCAUUAUUUACAAUAAGACCAAUAUUAUUUUGUAUGGAACAAAAAAGAAACUGUGGAAAAUGAUAAUGUAGGAAAGGAGCUGAACUAAUUUUGUAUUGAAGUAGGAUUUUAGUAGCACAAUUUUGUACUGAAGUUUCUUAAGGAACUACAGAAAAAUGAUUGUCUUUACUUAUUUUGUGGACGUUGAAAAUUUGUAUAAUCUGUGAUUGUAAUGUUAUCGUUUUUCUAAUAACAGGUUAUCAUUUAAUAAUGAAUAUUAACAAUGAAAAAUAAAUGUACUGGCUAUUAUUAAACAGAAAAU